AUGGCCAAUCUUAACUCUCUCUUCACUUUCUUGAUCCUCAUAGUCUCCAUUUCAGUUCCUUCUUCACUGUCUCAACCUACAAACAACAGUGUCUGUAAUGGCAUAUUAAUAACAUACGUCUUUAACUUAGGCUAUCCUAUCCCACCAUUCCUCCUUCCCUCUGAUUCGACCAACCAACCCUACAGGUUCCAAUCCACCCUUACAGUCCUCAACACUGGCCUUGAGGAGUUCAAGUCUUGGCGGGUCUUUGUCAAGUUUCAGCACAGGGAAUUCUUGGUCUCUGCUUCCAAUGCUGUGCUGGCUGAUGGUACUUCGCUCCCAGUUGACGUCAGCAACGGGACGAUUCUUGCUGGGUUUCCGGUGACGGACCUCAAGUCGGCGGUUCAGACUGCCGGAGACUAUAAUCAGAUGCAAGCUCGGGUCGAGUUGGUGGGUACCCAAUACGGGAUUGGAGCUCCGGCUGUUCCUUUGCCGUCUACCAUAACUCUUGGAAAUGACGGUUUCUUGUGUUCUAGUAGUCCUAGUACAAACCAAGGGAACAAUGAGACUCGAGUGUGCUGCUUUAAAGACUCGAGUGUGACAUCCAACAUCACCACAACCUUAGAUGAUGAAGGUCUCCUACCCCGCCAAGAUGGCGAUCUUAGCAUCAUGUAUGAUGUGAUCAAAUCAUACGACUCGAAUUACUUGGCGCAAGUUACAAUCUCAAACCACAACCCCAUUGGCCGUCUUGAGUAUUGGCACUUACGCUGGGAUUGGAUGAGAGGUGAAUUCAUCUAUGCCAUGAGAGGGGCUUAUCCUUUUAUCAUUGAUACAAGGGACUGUAUCUUUGGGCCACAGGGCCAGCACUACUUAGAUCUUGAUUUUUCUACUGCCUUGAAUUGUGAGAGAAGGCCAACAAUCAUUGACCUCCCUCUGGCAAGGACAAACGACACCAACCUAGGGAUGAUCCCCUUCUGUUGUCGCAAUGGGACAAUUUUACCCCCUUCCAUGGAUCUGAGAAGGUCCAAAUCAGUUUUUCAAAUGCAAGUUUACAAAAUGCCACCAGACUUGAAUAGGACUCAGCUCAUUCCUCCACGGAACUGGAAGAUCAAUGAUACACAUAACCCUGAUUAUCAAUGUGGACAGCCGAUACCCGUAAGUCCGAGCCUAUUCCCUGACCCUAGUGGAUUGCCAACAGAAUCAUCUGCCAUUGCCAGUUGGCAAGUGGUCUGCAAUAUAACACAUUCCAAAUCGGAAAUACCAAAAUGCUGUGUAUCAUUCUCAUCAUUUUUCAAUGAUUCUGUUGUUCCUUGCAAUACCUGUGCUUGUGGUUGCAACAACAACCCAAGCAAUGUAUGUAGUGCUACCACACCCGGCCUGCCUCUACCACCUGAGGCUCUUCUUUUACCAUUUGAGAACAGAACUAAGAAAGCUUUGGAUUUUGCUGACCGAAAAAAAAGGGAUGUGCCGAAUCCAUUGCCUUGUGGGGAUAAUUGUGGAGUCAGCAUCAAUUGGCACUUACUAUCAGAUUAUAGAGGUGGAUGGACUGCAAGAAUGACACUUUUCAACUGGGGUGAAACCGGGUUUGAGGAUUGGUUUGCGGCUGUUCAGUUGGACAAAGCCAUGCCUGGUUUCGAGAAGGUGUAUUCAUUCAAUGGAAGUGCAUUGUCUGGAUCGAACAAUUCAAUAUAUAUUCAGGGUCUUCCAGGUUUAAACUAUCUUCUAGAAGAAAGAGAUGGACAUAAUCCAAAAAAAGAUCCUCGUGUUCCAGGUACACAGCAAUCUGUGAUAUCAUUUACGAAGAAGAACACACCUGGAAUCAAUGUGGCUCGUGGGGAUGGAUUUCCAAGUAAAGUAUACUUUAAUGGAGAAGAGUGCUCGCUUCCUAAAAUACUUCCGAACAAUGCUCCUCCUGGAAUUGGCUCUACCAUUACCGUCUUCAGUUUUUCUCUAGCUUUGCUACUUCGCCUGUUCCUCCAGCUAUAGUUGUGUGCGCGCACAUUUUUCUGAUUACCUCUUUUUAUCCACUAAUGGCUACUGUUGUUAAUUUCAUUG